CAUAGCAAACUGGUUAACAAUUUUCUUGAAAGCUGCUCGAGAUAAUAUAUAAGCGAGAGAAGAAUGUAGCCACAAAUCAGCACCAUGGAGUUGUGUGGCGUGACAUGUUUUAAGGAGAGCCAAACUUCUUUCUGUGCACGGAGACUGCAGGGAAAUGUGAUCCGGUGCUCAAGUUCUUAGUGCUAUUACGAAGACGCGCAGCAGCAUAAGUAUUUUGCAUGUCCUUGAUUGUAACUAAUGUUUGUUUCCUUUACCCGGCUACGACAAUAGAAUGCACGGGAUGCUUGAAGGAACACGCCAGUUAGCCUAUGAAUAGAUCAAAGUGUUUGAUACACAUACUUGCGGGUUGCGGGCGUUGUGCAAUACAGCGUACGGUACAAUCAGCUGCAUACAUACAUACGUGCAAGUGAGUGUUGUGUGUCGUUGCCCAACAGGCUGGGCGGAUGUGGGAAAACUUACCCGGCGGCACUGUGGACUUCCGAAAUUGCUCUUUAAGUGUGUUGCAUUUUUUAGCCAGCAACAUUGAUUCAUAUGUCCCUGAAGGAUAUGCGCUUAUUCAUCGAGAUUCACGAUUUCGCACCACCGUCGUCCUAUAUAACUGAGCCGGCUGCGUACAUAUACCGUGUAUGUGGAUGCUUGAUUUUCUGGAUUAGCGGUGUAAAAGAGUGAUCAUAAGUGCAGCCAUCCUGUUUAAUUUGCUACUACAGCGGACACACAGUCCAGUUAUUCAUACUGAUUUGUUGUGAGUGGUGAUAACACGACGGCUUGCAAAGGAGUAUUUACGCCAAUGUACCAUAAUACAGCGUAGAUGCCGCCGUUGACAUGCCUCGCUAAAUAUAGCUGCCUGGCUGCUCAUCGACAUGGCUUAUUGUGGUCUCGCGUGUCUUAUAUAUCUUACGUGAUCCGGCAUCCGACUACCUUCAAGGUAUGAGAUUAUGUUGCGGAUCUAGCCAGCAGAAUUACAUAUUUUGAGACAUUGUAUUAUUACAGUUAGACACCUCACCUAGUAUCCAUUUUACAAUCACACAUACAUACAGUUCUGAUUAUGCUAAUUUUUCUUUUUAUUGUUGGUGUGUGUUUUAUUGUUCUUUUUAUUGUCGGUGUGUGUUUGGUUGGGAUUUGAAUCAUUUGAUGGGAGUAAAUCGGAGAUACAGUAAUUGUUGCUCAAGUAAACGGUAACAGCUCCUGUGCCGCAACAUUUUUGCUGCCGCGGCAUUCACCGGAAAUUGGCCGAUGGAUGCCGUUAUCCUACAUAUCAGCGCACAGGCCACUUCAGUUCUCGCACCAAAUGUGACAUUGCCAUUAUUAAACUUUGAUUAUUACCAGAUUCCGUUGUGACCAUGCUUUGAAACCCGAGCCGCUAAUUAAAGCCGUUGCCCACUUUGUGCAAUCCAAAAAUGACAUACAACGAAACGACAAUCCUCCCUGCGCUGCUGGACAUUGACGUAACGCGCACGGAAAUCCUUCCCAACUCGCCGAUGAUCAACGGCAUCCAGCAGAUGUUGGUGGUGAUUGGCAGUAGUUUAUCCCUGGUGUUUAUUGCCUUCGCGUUUAUUACCUUCACCCUAUUCUCGGAUCUGAAAGAUCUGGCCGGCUAUGUGAUGAUCAAUUUAUUUACGGCCGUAUUUCUCGGCCAGCUAUUUCUGCUAAUCGGUAUGGAUCAGGCCGAUUCGGAUGCCUUAUGCCAUUUCUUUGCCAUUACUCUGCACUUUGCCUGGCUGGGUGCCUUCUUCUGGAUCAGUAUCGGUAUUUACGACAUAAGCCAGGACGUCAAAACCCGUCUGGCCCCGUCAAUUCAGGACGGUAAUCACAGUUUAAGAAAUCAUCUGAUUGCUUAUACAUUAUACGGAUGGGGACUUCCGGCCGUUAUCGUCUUACUGUGUACCGUGGUGUAUUUGCUGAAAUACGAUGCCGCGGCCGGUCGCGCCGGGUUUGUUUACAUAGAUCCACGCCGGCCGCACUGCUGGAUGGUGGGGAAGGACGGGAUUGUUGUCGGGCUGGUGCUGCCUUUUGUCUGGCUCAUCGCCAUAUCGGCCUAUUGGUUCUGUCGCAGUUGGCAAACAGUGCACCGCACUACUCUGCUCAGUUACAAGAGCGGUGUGCGGAAACAGUUCAAACGACCGGAAAUGAUACUGUUACAUUUGUACUUAAAAAUCAUUUUAAUCUACCUCUGUACGUGGCUAAUUGGAUUUGUGGCAGCUUUGUGCGAUGUGGAUACGCUGUGGCUGUGCUUUGUCGGGGCGUUGUCCAGUGUGGGAAGUUUCGUGGCGCUUCUGUUCACCUGCAACAGUGCCGUGUUCACAAUCUAUUCCUCCACAAAGAAACGGAGCCGACGUCAUAGCAGUAUCCAUAGUUAUGGUGCUCCGUCGGAAAUGUCAUACAAUACUACGCUGAGUUUGCUGACCUUGCGGGAGGUCCCAGAAAUUGAUACUGUAUAAUCACGCCGAUUCCAUUGGACUGUGUCGCAAUCUCGCAAAUGUUCACAUUAAUGUAAAGUUUUUAAAGUGUAAUAUGCUUAUGUAUUAAUUAAAGCCGUAUAGACUGUUAUGUAUAAAUGAGUUGUGUUCGCUUGCAAAACAUACGGGUUUGUAAAACGUAC